CUACAUCUGCAUGCAAUUCUCAUGUUUUCACUUCACAUUUACUGCUCUAAUGUACAGAAACCUUAAAAAUCUGUGAUGGGUCUCCACAUUUUUGACUGAUUCACUGAUCUUUGUAGUUUCAGACAUACAAAGGUUUGCUUUCUGGACCUUUUUAUCUUCUUUCCCUCCUACCCUUUAUUUAUUCUGACAUAUUUUCUGCUGGGUAGAUGAACAAACUUAGUUAGGCGGACACUACAAUGCUGCAUAUGCAAAGUUCCCAAUUUAGUAAAAUUUUUUAGUUAUAAUCACUGUUCUUGAUUGGGAUUUUGUCUGUUAUUAGCAGGCUGUUAAGAAUAUCAGUUCUGGUCGAUUUAGGUCGGGGUUGUACUAGAAAAGAUUCUGUCUUUGUAGUUAUCAGUUUGUCAUAACUUGCAAGGAAGUUCUUUGAGGGUUCAUAGGAGAUGCAGAAAGUAAAGAUCUUUUUGUUUUCUUAGUCUAGAUAUAUUGCAUUUGAGAUUAGCCCAUCAAUUUGGGAAUUUGUGUUGAAGCCUGGUAGAUCCAUAUAAGGAUUGGGUUUCUUGAGGAAAUCUUUAUCUGUCAAGAACAUUCUUAAUAGGUUAUUUAAGGAUUUUCUAGGCUGGUUUUGGAGCUUUUGGUUGAGUUUUGGCAGAAAGAUGGUUGUGGGUGAAGGGGUUAUGAGUGGAAAAGUGUAUGUGAAUGGGGGCAUACAAAACCCUAAUGGUUUGGAGGAGAAGCUUGAUGAACUAAGGCGAAAUCUUGGCAAGGGUGAGGGGGACUUGUUGAGGAUUGUUGGGAUUGGGGCGGGGGCUUGGGGGGCGGUUUUCGUGGCUUUGCUUCAGGAUAGUUAUGGUCAAUUUAGGGACAAGGUUCAAAUCAGGAUAUGGAGAAGGGGCGGGAGAGGUGUGGAUAGAGGCACAGCGGAGUGUUUGUUCGAGGUGAUCAACUCGAGGGAGGAUGUGCUAAGGAGGUUGAUCAGGCGUUGUGCAUAUCUGAAAUACGUCGAGGCAAGGCUGGGGGACCGCACCCUCUAUGCUGACGAGAUUUUGAAAGACGGCUUCUGCUUAAACAUGAUUGACACUCCGCUUUGUCCUUUUAAGGUUGUCACUAACUUGCAGGAGGCUGUCUGGGAUGCUGACAUCGUGGUUAACGGGUUGCCUUCGACAGAAACUCACGAGGUGUUUGAAGAGAUCGGAAAGUAUUGGAAAGAGAGAUUGACACCCCCAAUCAUCAUCUCUUUGGCAAAGGGCAUUGAAGCUGAACUAGACCCGUUUCCACAUAUAAUUACACCCACACAAAUGAUUAACCGAGCAACUGGAGUACCAAUUGAGAAUAUUCUAUAUCUCGGGGGCCCAAAUAUCGCCUCCGAGAUUUACAACAAGGAAUACGCUAAUGCUCGGAUCUGUGGUUCUGAAAAAUGGAGAAAACCACUUGCAAAGUUCUUAAGGCAACCUCAUUUUAUUGUAUGGGAUAACAGCGACCUCGUUACACAUGAAGUUAUGGGAGGCCUAAAAAAUGUCUAUGCAAUUGGCGCUGGAAUGGUAGCUGCACUGACUAACGAAAGUGCUACUAGCAAAUCUGUGUAUUUUGCUCACUGCACAUCGGAGAUGAUAUUUAUCACGCAUUUGUUAACUGAAGAACCCGAGAGGCUUGCAGGGCCGCUGCUCGCUGACACUUACGUGACACUGCUGAAAGGUCGCAAUGCAUGGUAUGGCCAAAUGAUAGCGAAGGGAGAACUGAGCCUGGAUUUGGGAGACAGCAUAAGCGGCAAAGGGACAAUUCAGGGAGUUUCAGCUGUAGGAGCGUUUUAUGAACUGCUAAGUCAAUCCAUUUUAAGCGUGUUACACCCGGGAGAGAACAAGCCAGUUGCUCCAGUCGAGCUUUGCCCCAUCCUCAAGACGCUAUACAAAAUACUUAUAACGAGGCAACAAAAGGUACAAGCUAUUCUCCAAGCAUUAAGGGACGAAAACCUGAACGAUCCACGAGACAGAAUAGAGAUUGCACAAAGCCACGCGUUCUACAAGCCUUCACUUCUCGGACAGCCUUGAGGCACUUGCAUUGCCAACAAAAAUCAGUAAAACCGAAGCUCAGCUCGUAUCAUUAUAUGUACAUACAGUCCAUUGUUGUUUGCUGGCAGAGCUGAGCUGCUAAUUUCUCAUCAUUAUAUGUAACCUGGGAUGCAUUGUUCUGUUUGGUUCAAGAUGUCUGUACAACUAUUUGAGAUGUUUGUUAAACAAGAUUCUCAUGAAAGCAGAAAGCUUUUAUUAUUGAAUAUAUGAGCUUUGCCAAUUUU